CAGUGAUCAGGAAACUGAUCAGGAGUUGAAGAGAUUCAUUUAACAAAAACAAAUGUAUUUUCCACUGGGACAUGAAGUCUAUUCGUUCAUUUAUUUGAAAGAGACAGGACUUCAUUUAACUAUUUGUAUUUAUUUAUUUGUAUUUAUUUAUUUCUGUUCUAUUUAUUGCCUAGCUAACUCUGGUUCACGCGCCAACAUAGUAGGUGGCGGUAAUGUUCCUUAACGCUGGGUGCCGAACGCCUAAAAGGGAAGAAGAAGAAGAAGAAGGCGACGACAACAACAACAAAGAAGAAGAAGAAGAAGAAGAAGAGGCGUCCUCCCUGAAUGACUAGCGAAGAGGAGGGUGGGGACAAAAAAAAAACUUGCUAGACCUCGCCCAGCCGUUGCUUCAUUCCAGCGGGCAGCUACUCUCUCGGCGGCGUGAGAGACCCACACCACUCGAGCCGACAACCAUUCAAGGGGAGACGGACACGACCGUGUCAACUACGGGCCAAAACUAGCAACCAUGUUCAGGAAAAGCUUGCGGAAGGACCCCGAGCUGUUUCAGAACGUGUCGGAGGGGCUGCGGCAGCUCUACCGGACCAAGCUGUUCCCGCUGGAGGACACGUAUCGAUUCCACGACUUCCACUCCCCCGCGCUCGAGGAUGCCGACUUCGACAACAAGCCCAUGGUGCUCCUUGUGGGCCAGUACUCCACCGGCAAGACCACGUUCAUCCGCCACCUCAUGGAGCAGGACUUCCCCGGUAUGCGGAUUGGCCCCGAGCCCACCACGGACUCGUUCAUCGCGGUGAUGCACGGCGAACAGGACGGGGUGAUACCGGGUAACGCGCUGGUGGUCGACCCCAAGAAGCCCUUCCGAAAACUCAACGCCUUUGGCAACGCGUUCCUCAACAGGUUCAUGUGUGCCCAGAUGCCAAACCCAGUCCUGGAGAGCAUCAGUAUCAUCGACACUCCUGGAAUCCUGUCUGGGGAGAAACAGAGGAUAAGCAGAGGCUACGACUUUGCCGCGGUGCUCGAGUGGUUUGCCGAGCGCGUGGACCGCAUCAUCCUUCUCUUCGACGCCCACAAACUGGACAUCUCUGACGAGUUCUCCGAGGUGAUCCGCGCCCUCAAGAACCACGAGGACAAAAUGCGUGUGGUUCUGAACAAGGCGGACCAGAUCAGCACUCAGCAACUGAUGAGGGUCUACGGAGCACUGAUGUGGUCUCUGGGCAAAAUCAUCAACACACCUGAGGUCGUGCGGGUGUACAUUGGCUCGUUUUGGGCCCAGCCCCUGUUGGUACCAGACAACAGGAAGCUGUUUGAGGCAGAAGAGCAGGACCUGUUCUUGGACAUCCAGUCAUUGCCACGUAACGCAGCACUGCGCAAACUCAAUGACCUCAUCAAACGUGCACGUCUCGCCAAGGUGCAGGCCUACAUUAUCAGCUCUCUGAAAAGGGAGAUGCCUAGUGUGUUUGGAAAGGACUCUAAGAAAAAGGAGCUGAUAUCCAACCUGGGGGAGAUUUACCAUAAGAUCGAGAAGGAGCACCAGAUCUCACCUGGAGACUUCCCCAACCUGGCCAAGAUGCAGGACCUGCUAAAUGGCCAGGACUUCUCUAAGUUUGCAGCGCUGAAGCCCAAGCUGCUGGAGACGGUAGAGGACAUGCUCGCCAACGACAUCGCCCGUCUCAUGGCCAUGGUGCGCCAGGAAGAGGCCGCCAUGCCCAGCCAGUCCGUCAAGGGUGGAGCCUUCGAGGGAACCAUGAGCGGUCCCUUUGGUCACGGCUAUGGAGAGGGUGCCAGUGAGGGCAUCGAUGAGCUGGAUUGGGUGGUGGGUCGUGACAAGCCGACAUAUGACGAGAUCUUCUACACCCUCUCUCCCAUCAAUGGCAAGGUGUCUGGUGCUGCAGCCAAGAAGGAGAUGCUGAAGUCUAAGCUGCCAAACUCGGUGCUAGGAAAAAUCUGGAAGCUGGCAGACGUGGACCAAGACGGCCUCCUUGACGACGAGGAGUUCGCCCUCGCCAACCACCUCAUCAAGGUAAAGUUGGAGGGCCAUGAGCUGCCGCCCACGUUGCCCGAGCACUUAGUGCCACCAGCCAAACGUGGGACAGUCCUGCAGGAGUAGAGGAGAAGGUAGCAGCUGGGAGUUGUCGGCACUUUGCCUCAUGUUUAGGACUCUCCAGACAAACAAAGUCCAACCACAAGCAUGAACAGCGAUGUUCUCCAUCAAGCUGCAAGUCUCCAGGCAUCCAGACACACCGUGAGGAGCUAUUGCUGUGAUCUUUUUCACCAGAGACAGACUGGAGGGUUUCAUGACGGGAGGUGGGAGGGAGGGUGGGUCCAUCUUUGUGCAUUAGGGAAUAACAUUCAGGUAUCAACUAGAAAUAAAUUUAGGGAGAGGGUUUGAUUUACCAUCUGAUAAAAGGACAUUACUGGGUCAUGAACUGAUGGGUAGAGGGAGGUUGCAUGAUGGGGCUGAACAUGGAUUUCUGCAUCCUGUGUAAAAGAUGUCUUAUAAGCAUAGUCCAGUCCAUAUUAUUAAUAUUAUUAUAUGUUGAUCCAAAGAAAUAUAGGGGUUUUUUUUGCAUUUGGAGAGAGAGAGAAAGAGGAAAUAAAUCAAAACAGCUGUUAGAAUUGUUUUAUCUAUAUUUUUGUAUUUCCUGACUGUCAAAAUUGACUCUUUCCAAAUGCUUCCCUUUUUAUUAUUUUGCCAGAUAAAUAAAAAGGAGUACUGUACCAUCA